ACACAAGGAUAAGCUGAGCUAAGAAGCCCUCAUCGUCUUCAUCCACACGCAAAACUCAACAUCACACUCACAAACGCAGCAAGCAAAUCUCUGGAGCUCAAAAAAUGGCGCAAACCCUGGCAAUUCCUCUGGCGCCCUCACUCUCCGUAGUCUGCACCGGCCGGAACCCUAACCCUUUCUCCACCACUCUCUCACUCCCAGUCCGAACCCCCACCAAGGUGGGUGGUUUGAGCAUCAAAUGUGUGCGUGUUGGGGGAGUUGAGAUCCCAAACAACAAGAGGGUCGAGUUUUCACUUCAGUAUGUUCAUGGAAUCGGGCGUACCAGAGCACGUACGAUCCUGAACGACUUGAAAAUGGAGAACAAGGUCACUAAAGACUUGUCUGAAGAAGAGCUCACUAUUAUUCGUGAGGAGGUCUCCAAGUACAUGAUUGAAGGAGACUUGAGGCGGUUCAAUGCUUUGAACAUUAGGAGGUUGAAGGAGAUACAGUGCUACAGGGGGAUAAGGCAUAUUCAGGGUCUGCCUUGUAGAGGGCAGAGGACUAAGAACAACACCAGGACUUUGAAGGGUAAGAGGGUCACUGUUGCUGGAAAGAAGAAAGCUCGUUAAGUAAUCGCAUUGUGUCUCUAAUGUCUUUUGUAAUUGAUGAUCCUGCAGUCUGUGUUGUUUCGAUUUGUGUAUUUGGUUAGUAUUUAGUGGAAUUGGUGAAAGUGCUUUGAGUUAAUCAAGAGUUUAAGACGAAUUCAAGCGCAUUUGGGAUUGGUUUUUUAUAAUGCAUUUCAUUAGGGGUUGUUAUCUUUGUUCA